CAUACACAUUCUAUACAUGGCUGGAAAACGUGUGCUCAUCACUGGCGCUUCGUCUGGAAUUGGACUUUCUCUUGCUGAACAGCUAGCCAAUGGUGGCCACGAUGUGACGGUCACCGUCCGAGAUAACGGAAAGGCAGAAUCAACCAGGGCGCUCCUUGCCGAGAAAAAUGUUACUGUUGACGUCAUACACAUUGACUUCUCAAUUUGGUCUUCGGUACUAGACGGUGUCGACGAUAUCAAUCAGAGCAAAAGGACCUUCGAUAUUGUCAUCUUCAACGCCGGAACUAUGUUUCCGGAAGUGUCAAAAACUACUGAUGGAAUUGAGACCUGCCUACAGGUGAAUGUUCUUGGCCACAUGUACCUAGCCGAUGCGCUGCUCAAAAAUCGUCCCCCAAACCACAACAUCCACUUUGUUUGCGUUUCUUCAACUCUAUUCAAGCUGUGCGGAACGUCAUGGCCAGGCUGGAAACUGCCGAAGGACGGGGCUGCAUGGAUCGACUUUUUUGCGCCCAAGGCAAAGUCGGGGUGGCGAGCAUACGCCCUGAGCAAGUUCGCCAUCACCCUUUUGGCGUCGCAGUUGGAUGGUGUCGAUGGCGUUACUGCAGUGGCUGUAAACCCCGGAAACACCAUGACAAAUGUCACGAAAAAUUUGCCCCAGCGUCAGCGGAAGAUACUAACCGUAUUCAAAAAAUCGCUCAUUACCGUGGAAGAAGCAGCUGCAAAUGUCGCCCGAGCAUCCUUGAAUCCCUUGCCACAUGGAAAAUUCUACGACCAAUCCAAAACCUCUUCGCUACCCAAAGCCCUCACAUCCGAGCGAUUUCUGCAGAAUUUGAGUCAACUAGGUCACCAACUCAUGCUCGGCUUAUCGCGAUAUGCCGAAACUGAUGCGUAGUAAGGCUAGAAUCUCGACGAACUUCUGUUUAAUUUGUUAUUUGUUUCUUCCUUUCCGGGUAGCGUGGUUGCAGAAACCUUUCAGCAAU